AUAAACACUGACAAGCAGCUGUUCUAUCAGUCUUAUGUUACAGCGCUCACAUGUGACUUUCCUGCGUGCAGUGUAACCGAGUUUUGUAUCAGAGACUAAUUUCUAUCACCAAUAACACAAUGGAGCCGUCUAUAAUAAUAAAACCUGGAGCCACGAAAUGGGACAUCCGUCAGAAAGUUUGGGACUACAUCGAAGACAAUAAUCUGGCUAAUUUCCCCAGGCCUGUCCACAACAGAAUCCCUAAUUUCAAGGGUGCUUUCACAGCCUGUGCCAAGGUGUCUGAGCUGCAGGUGUUCACCCAUACCGCUGAGGUGAAGGUGGAUCCUGAUAAACCUCUGGAGGGUGCCCGACUGGCAGUGCUGCAGGCGCGGAAAACUUUAUUGGUCCCAACUCCUCGUCUUCGUACCGGCCUCUUCAAUAAAAUCACUCCUCCCCAGGGAGCCAGCAAAGAACAGCUACGCAUAUGCUCCUCCUCUCAGGGUGUGAAAGACUUCAGUGUGCCCGUUGGCCUUGAUGCGAAGAUAAAGGUCAACCUGGUGGUGGUCGGCUCUGUGGCGGUGUCAGAGAAAGGCUUGCGGCUUGGAAAAGGAGAGGGCUACGCCGACAUGGAGUACGGCAUGAUGGCCUCAAUGGGAGCUGUGAAUGAGUCCACUGUGGUGGUGACUGUUGUCCAUGACUGCCAGGUGGUGGACAUUCCAGAGGGGUUGAUAGAAAGCCAUGACCUGACUGUGGACUACAUCCUCACACCCACCAGAGUUAUUAAAACUAAUUGUGGGAUCCCCAAGCCACAGGGAAUCAUCUGGACUAAGCUGGACACAGAAAAGCUGGAGAAGAUCCCCAUCCUGAAGAAGCUGCGUGCUCUAGAGGAACAGGCUGGAAAGGAUGUAACACUGGGGGUGGCGCCCACUACAGCAGAGCCUGGUGUGCAGACCGGUCAACCCAAAAGGCAAACCAGACGGAGGCCAAAGCAGAACAUGCAGCAAGAAGUCGAGGGAGAAUCCAAAGAGGAGAAAAUAGCGGAGUCAGAACAGAGAGCUAGACAGCGCCCAACUAGAGUGAGGAAAGACAGCAGAGGAGAUGGUGGGGGAGACCAAGAGAGAGAGAUCAAUAGGAGAGGAAGGGGAAGAAGAGGAGAGAACAUGAGGGAGAAGGGCCAAGAGGAGGGUGGAGGUGAAGUGACGUCUCAGCGUAAGCUCCCUCUGAAUGUGACCACAGUUUACCUGGGGGGAAUCCCUGCGGGGCUGCGUGUUAGCGAGCUGAAAACCGCCCUCAGAGAGAGAGAGGCUGCCCCACUGAGGCUCACCUGGCAGGGAGCUCAACACAGGGCCUUCCUGGACUACAGCGACCCUCAGGCUGCAGCGCAGGCCCUGGAGGCUCUGCAGGAUCUCAGUCUGAAUGGUCACAGUCUGCAGGCUGAGCUGGCCAAGAGCCAGCGUGGAGGCAAGAGGUCCGGAGCGUCCAAUAGGAGACCAAGACCAUCAACAGGUCCGAAAUCCAAAAUGGCACCGCCAGAUACUGAGAGUGACACCAAUGAAAAGACCGAGCAAUAAUAUAAUAAUAAUCAGCCCGGGAAAUAUUAAAUGUGGAGCAACCUUAAAUGCCUUAAGAAGAAUUUAGGGGUUUUUUUGUUAAUAUUUAUGGAUUUAUGACAAGUGGACAUGAAUUAUUUGAACCAUCUAAAGUGACUGCUAAGGCUAAUUAGCUUACAAUAUGAGUACAAUAUGCAGCUAUUGAAACAAAAAGAAGUUUACUAGAAAAGUAUUUUGUACAUAUCAUUUCACAAUAGACCUAUGUGCCUUGUUUAUUCACACACGCGUCCUGGUCUGUGUGUCCCGAGAGCCUUCAGUCCUUGGAGGUGUUUAUUGAGUCGUUCUUAGAGAUAGACUGCAGUUAUUAUCCUGUUGAGCUAAAGACUGAAUAUGCAGUCUGUUUGUUACAAUACAAGUGUGGAGUAGAUUUUUGUGAAGUGUUCGGUUCAGUUUAUUUCCACACCCAGUUGUCAGUAUUACCUCUGCCAAGAGGUCCUUGGUUUCUGACCUGUUGAUUUGCUUGUUGGUUAUUUCAAAACGCAUUUUACUGCGGCAAUGGGCCAAAGGACUGGCUAGUUUUUGUUGCAGAUAACACCACCAUGUGGUCAUUUACAUAAUUUAUACAACCCUGAUUGUUACUGAGUCAGAAAGCAUACGAGUACAAUUUAAAAUAUCUUAUAUAUCAUUUAUAUAUCCAUAAAGGCCACACCGAUGUUUGACUACACAUGAUUUUCCACCAUUUUGAAUUUUUUGCUAAACACAUUUGUCACCACUCGUACAUAUUUAACCCAAUUUUCACACAGUUUUUAAUAUUUAAUUGACCAUAAUAUUAUUAUUUUCCUAUUCCAUUGCCAAAUUGUAAAAUAGCAAUGUGGCUCAUUUUACACAAAUUGCCAUAAAUCUUGAGCAUACUCUCCCGUCAACCAAAUUUAAAAGGCGUCAACAUAGGAAAUUUUUAAGCCAUUUUGAUUACAGACAACAGCAAUACAUAUGCCUUUAAAUGGCCGUAAUUGUGACAAUUCUCACUCAGUUGAAAACUUGCACUACUCAUCCUUGCACAAAACCAAGGAUUUAGGUACUCUAAAAAAAAAACAAAAACAUAAUUAUCCUUCAGUUUACACUGACUAGCAUUUAUCUUGAUGCAGCUAUUAAAUAUCUAAACUUAUUUUAAUUUACAAAAACAAAUCUAGAGGUUUGUGUAGCCUCGUUCGAGCUUUAAUUUUUGAUUACUACUUGCUCACUGUGCUUUCUACUUGCUUAGGUCUUAUUAAGAAUAUUUUGGAAAUAGACAUUGUACAUUUACAUUUGUGACGUUUUGUAUCUUUUGUUGGUAGAAAUGGCACAUUCAUGGCAUUCUGUUUGGUUAGGCCAGUUUGAGAAUGAAGCCAGCCUCACCAUGUAACGAUUAAGAGAUGCUACCACGCCUAGCUGAACUGUUGUAGUGUUGAUGCAUCUGUUUGUAACACAUUAUAACAUUCUUUACUAAAGCGUUUGACUGAA